CCAACUUUAGGUAUUAAAACCCCAGCAACAUGCAUGGCUCGGAUACAAAACCACACUGCCGCGCUGCCUUUUCUGCAGAAGAGGAUCCUGGCGCUCCAGCAGGAACGCCACCCUUGGCAUUUUCUGCCUUUCCUCGAUUUGUCACAACCCCCAAGAGGCGCUUUGGGCCGGCGAGCACGGAGCACCUCCGGCGGCAGCGGGGCCGGAGCCCGGGCAGGCCGCAGCCAGGCCCGGUGUCGGUGCCGCCGCAGCCGGGCCGGGCCGGGCCGGUGUCGGUGCCGCCGCAGCCAGGCCCGGGGCCGGUGUCGGUGGCGGAGCCGCCGCAGCGCUCGGCACAGCCGCGGCUCCUCCGCCCGCCGGGACGGGGCCGAGAGCGCGGGCUGCGAGCCCUAUAACAAUGGCCCUUUGUCCAGCUGUGGCCGCUUCCCCCUCCGCAGCCAGGCCUUAUCUGCUCAGGAAAUGCCUGCUUUAACUGACAGGGAGAAAGGAAAUAAACGGGCGACUUUCAGCCUUGGCAGCUGUAAAUCUGUUACCAGGAUGAAGAAGGCAGAUGUACAGAUGUGCUGUUCUGUGGAGCUACUCCUGAUUUGCAGAGGUAAAAGACUCUUCUGCCAAAGGAAAACUCCCUUGCCCAUUGUGACCAGAAGAGAUCAACCACUCCACCCACCGAUUUUAGAAAGCCAGUGGGAAGGAACCUGCUGCCUCAAAUGGUACUUAUUGUCCUCCACUGCCACCUGGGAAACAACAGCUUGAGACUUUCACAUCUGUCAAGCAGCUUUGGCAUCAUAUGCAAGCCCCUGAGCUUACAGUUGUAAAAUAUUUUACACACCCAAAGCAGAUAUUAAUCUCCCACUCCAUUUCCAUAUUGGCCUGUAUAGCUUGCACUUGCUCCAUAGCAUGAGUAGGAAACCACCACAAAGAGUGCCUGCAAAGACUACAAAAUGUUGUUGUUUUGUUAGGAUUUCUUAGAAUCAUUUGAUAUAGCUGCCACAAAUUUAUAGUCUGUCUGUCUUUCUUUCUUUCUUUUUUUGCCUUUUUUCUUUCCCUCUCUGACUUUUUUACAAUAGCAGGCAGAAGUAACUGUUCUUAUUCAGGAAUCCACAGCAAUUGUUUUUCUUUCCUUUUCCCUCCCCCGAGAAACACAUCUGAAAUAAAUGACCCCAUUUAAAGUACUCUGCUCUUUAAUUUUUACCCUGUUAUGUAAUCCAGCAACAGAAUAGAACUGAUGACCACAAAAUGUACACUGUGCUCCUGGAAAAUCACGAGACCUCCAUGAAGCUGCAGGACACCUAACCGAGAACAAGCAUAAGAUGAGAAUGUUGUUGUAUGAACUCUGUGUCUGUGUGUGGGGUGGGGGGGGAGGCAUAAUUUAAUUUUAGAGUGGAAAAUCCCAACCAUUAUUUUACAGUUUAAAUACCAAUAAAAACCAACUUGCUCAGAAUGCAGACCAGAUUGAGCUGAUCUGGCUGGGACAGGAGAGGUCAUCAGUAGCUGUGUGCCAUCAUCAUCUGUUUUGCAUCCACUUACUGUAGCGAGCAAUGAGAUUCCUAAACUCAUUACCAGUAAAUAAACUUCUGCUGCUGACUGAAAAUAUCCAUAAAUAAAAUAAAAAUACAGCUAUCUGUAAAAUGUAUUUGCCAUAAAAACAGAUAAAACAAAAAGCUUAGUAAAAAAUGAACAGUAAAUAUGCCAGCUUCCAUAAAAUAUUAUAUACCACAGCUCUCUCUCUGUUCUAAUCCCAUUCUCUUACUCCAAAGACAGCAGUGCAUUUUUUUUCCAUGGGGUCUUCCUUAUCCCCAAAACACAUCUGUCUUGAGUUUCUCUCAGAUUUGUCAGGUGGAUCAGUGCUCCCCAGGGCCUGCUCCAUCUGAAGUAUUUUAAUUUGACUAAACACCUGAUUUAUUUUAUCUCUCCGAUGAGAAAGGCAGUUUGUCUUAAUAGAGCCUGUCAGCCCACAGUCCCAUUCACAGCAAUUUACAGGCAGCCAGGGAUGCUGGAAAAGAAGAGUGCUGUGAUUCUGUAUUUUAUCCUCCUCCAGAAAGCACCUAAAAGCAGCUAUUCACUGCUACUGCAUGUGGCAUUUUAGAACUGAAUUAGCUUUUUAUUCAAGUAACUACACUUGUUGUGAAUAGCUUAUCUGUAAAAUUGCUACAUUCACUACUGAUUUUAUUAACCUUUGGCUCUAUCACAAAAUGGUCUUCAGUUAGGAAAGACCUUUAAAAUUGACACAUUUUUCUUAGGGGCCUUUAUUUCAGUGACUACAGAUAUACUGAAUUUGAUCCAUUGACUCCCUUUACCAGCAGUAUUUAAAAUUUUGAGUGUUGGUGGGAAGCUGAUAGUGUUUAAGGACUUCUUUUUAAAAUGGAGAUGUGUCAGUCUCAUCAAAAGUUCAGAAAAAAAUGUUAUUAUUUCUGAGAAUACUUUGGAUAUAUCCCUACCUUUGUGAUAAUAAUCUGGUUGUAGUAAUAUUUUAAUUUUUCCCAGUGUGCUUAUUGUUUUACCCUUUAUUUUGAAUUUCAGCAAAAAUUGAGAUAAAAUAUUCAGAUUGAAGAGAACUAAGGCAUCAAAGAGAACUCGACUUUUUGAAAUUCUGGUCAUAGGUCAAUCUAAUCAGGAGACAGAAAAUAAAAAGUAGCUAUAAAUCUGCUGAAAAAGAGAGAAGAGUUUAACUUGUGGUCUAAAAUUACAUUUAGAAAGAAUUCUGCUUGUGGCAAAACUAUCUACUAAAACCAGAAUACUACAUGAUUUCUGGUACAUUAAGUAACAGAAAGAGCAUCAUGUAUCUUACACUGCAUUUAAUAAAAAUCACAAACCCCAUCCUGAAUUUUAUCUAUUUAGAUUUCUUUAAGUAUUGCAGAAAAAAAUAAAAACACACACACACACAAAAAAUUUAAAAACUAGUAUCCUGAAAGUAUAGCUAUACAAUAUAAUUAAAGUUCCUAUAUCAACCACUGGUUUACCACCUUUUAAAACUCCUGUUAUCUUUUACAACCUAUUCAGUCUAUAUACAAAUGUAGCUGCAUGUAAGCAAACACUGCAGGCUUCUCAGUGUUAAAUUUCUUAAUGUCCUUGGGGCAAGCUGUCCUGAGGUAGAAGCAGAGGAAUAACUGCUGGUAAGGGAAAAAAAGAAACAGGCAUAACAAAAAAUAGACUUCUAGGCUUACAUAGUAUAAUUUAAACUAAUCUCUCUGACUCUCAGGAAAAGAAAACGAGGUAAAACCACAACUUCUAUCAAGUGAAUAAAAGACAAAGUACUGGAGCCAUAAGUUAACAAUAAAAUUUAUAGACACGAUCCAUAGCUUGCUAAAGUAGGGUUCCUAGCUGUGACACAAAAUUACUGUGGGUUCUUGAAUGUGUCUUAGUGUCCCAACAUGUAGACAGAGUAAAGCACUACCAAUCAGAGGUUUUUAUGCCUGGUUAGUUAAUGUUUCUGAAUUGCUUUGAGAUCCUUGCAUGGAAUCUCUACACAGCUGCAAAGCAUUUUUGGUUCUCUUGAAUUCUGUGAUUAGUGUAAAACAUGACAAAUAUCAUCCUUGUUUAUGCACUGCAUCUAAACUAACUUUUGCUCCAUACGCUUACAGGAAAUACAAAUUAAUAAAUCACAAAUGAUUACUCCUGUUACGUUUACAGAACAAACACAUUGUGUGACUUUCAUGAAAUCAGGAGGCAGCAAUGCAAGAAAGAAGUGUGGACUUUGCCAGAAACUAAGUAGGGCUUUAAAUCACAUAACUGCAGCCCCAAACUAUCAUCAGCCAAAACAGUUCAACCAGCAAUCAAAAAUGAUUCUGAAUCAAGUUAAGCAAUUUCAGCUUUUUUCCCUUAAAAAAAAAGCCUUUGUGACUCAAUCCCUCCAUUAGAUUGAAGGGGAUUUUAUUAUUUUAUGGACAUUGAAAAGAAAGCAAGAACACAAUGCUAGACAUAAAAGAAAGUGUAUUUGAUCUUAGCUUCCCAGAGAUAACCUGGUUAAACCGUUCUGUCUAACACUGCAGCCUGCAGCACACAUCAGAUGGGCUGUGAUGUUUCCACUUCACAGGCUCUGUCCAGCAUUUAGCAUUUACCCUUUCUUGAUUGGGUCACCUUCUAAAUGCCACAAAGUAGGGCAGCAAAAGUCAACAAAAAUAAACAGGAAAAACAGAAGAAAGUAACAAUCUAAUGGAAGGGCCUCAGAGAUAAAAGUCACUUUGUGAGGGCUGCCUGACUAAGGAGCCCCCUUGCCAUUGCAACAGCAUCUAAUUUGAGUUCUAACUCCAGCAGCAGUUUAAAAAGCUUCCACUCUAAAGGGCCCCAAGUGUAUCAUAAAGAUAAAGCAUUUCAGUAGAAAACAGCCACAAAGACCUCUAUUAUCUUAUCAGUCUUUGGUUACAACAGCUGAACCAAUAUGACUAAGUUCUGAAUGACUUUUUUUCCCCCCCUUUCUUUUUAUAACACUAGAAUACUGGAAUUUCUUUAUUUCAUGAUCAGUUAGCAAUUGUUGGUGUUCCCAUAUGCUACUGUCCCGUUCUUAGUCAAUAAAAAGUUUUAUAAAUGCUCCCAUUGUGCUUUGUAGCAUCCCAGUGCAGAAAGCAGCACAGCAAACAUGUCCAGCAUGCAAAACACACCGGAUUGCUGCUCUUGGGAAGGUGUAAGAUCCCUCCCUUCCCUUAUGUCUCAAAAUGAUUCUGCAUUUUCAGCUUUGAGCAAGGAAAUUUUAUUACCAUAUGUCCACAGACGGUAAUGGGAAUUAAUAUUAGGAACUACAGAAAAAAAUCUGUAGAGAAAUGUCAGAUUUUAAAAAACAAAAAAGAGUUUAAAUUAGUUUUACUUUAUGAGAAGGAUGAAAAUGCUUUACUGAUAAUCCACAAUUUUCCUCCUAAUUCUAUAUAUACCAAAACUCACACAUUGCAGCAAUUUCUUAGGUGGGAGCAAUUUGAAAGUCCUAUGAUUUACAAAACAGCAGACUUUUAAAACAAUCCUGUACUUAUAAUGGUCCUGCCUUUCUUGGAUUAGCCAAAAACAGCCGAAUAGCUGAGAGAACAUGAGCCCAACUCAGCAGGGCCAUGCUGACCCCUCUUUGUCACAUGUCACCCAUUCCAGAGCUCCAGAUCUGUGCCUGACACUGAGCUGGGCACACUGGAGUGUUCACGUUCAACUGAGCCCCAUCCAACCACCUAAAGCUUCCUGCUCUGUUAUUCUUUCCCUCCUCAAAAUAAUUUGAUGGAUUUAUUCCUUCAAACAUCACAGAACCAUUUAUUCUGAAUUAAGAACAAGUCACCAGAAUGUCUAUAGUAAUCCAGCUCAAUAUUUCCCCUAAAGAUUUGCCAUCACCUGGGGCAGGUUUACCUGCCAUAAUAUGUCCAGCAAAUAUUGUACCUUAGCUUUGCUCCUCCAAAUAUUUUUUUUUUCUUUUCUCACACAUUCACUGGACUUUUUGCUUGUGCGUGGUUUCUUAGCAAUUCUCAAAUGUUUCCUGAGCAAUACCUUACCUUCAGAGGUUUUCUUCCUUGACUGCUUUUCCAGCAGUUCCAAUCAAAGUAAACCAAUACACUCAAAAUUAAAACCCUGCAGUGACUGGACCAACAGAAACUGCUCCCAGGUUUCUCUCCAACAGCCCCCAGUAGCUGUCAAAGCAGGGUGCCAGGCAAAGCUUUGGACCAAGUUCCUGCUCAGCUCAUGGAUCAGCACAAUGAAACUUUGCACCAUUUUUAGCAGUGUGGUGAAUCUACAGUUGAGUCCUAAGAUGUAAUCCACGUCAGGAAUGCAGGGAAGAAUGUGAUGUUAGCCAGAACUUCGACCUCCCCCUCCUCCAAACCAGUGCCCUGCCCGCAAAAAGCAGAAUUCCAACAAGUCUCUCGGACCCCUUACUUCCUUUCACACACAUGAAAAGGACAACUCUCUCUGACAUAAUCCUUAGAGGACUUCAAAUAUGUUUAGAGAUUUUGUUACUAUCUCACAGAUACAAUUUAAUUUUACUAUUUUCUUCCAUUUUAAAAAUUAAAUUAAAAAUAUAAAUAAAACCCACUUUGGCUCAUUUCUUAGAAUUUCUCUCAAAUCCAGAAGAAAUUGUAAAUUUAUACUCUAAAUUAUAUUAAAAGUACACACUAAGUGUUAAUUCAUAUGUGUGCACAUGGAGGGAAGAUAAUGAGUUUUUGAAUGUAUUAUUUUUAGGGUUUUUCAGCAGCAAGUAGAGAUUUUUUUGUAAAUGGUUUAGUGCUUUAGUAGGUUUAGAAAAGCUUCAUAUAUACACAAUAUGAACUGUGCAGUCUAUCUAGGAAAAGUAUGAUGUUGCCGGAUAUAAACAGAAAAAGGCAGAUUAUACAUUUCAACUAAAAACUCAUAGCCAACCUGUUCCUGUUGAGUUAGAAUAUAAGGAUAUAGCAGAGGCCACAGGCUGUGAUUAAUCUGUGAUAAAAAUACUAAAAUAUGAGAUAAACAGAAAAAUGAGCUAUUUUGUUUUGUUAACUGAGUAGACUGUAACCCAGGGCAUAGCAUAUCAAAAUAGAAUUAACGUGGUGGUGUUAGAGAGUACAGUUCACAUUAUUAAUAUUAUUACUGAUUCUAAUACUUGAUUCCAAUGCUUUCAAAGUAACAAAAAAUACAAAUGAAAAUAAAGAUGAGUUAUCCAUUUAAGGCAUUCAUUCAGGACUUGAAAGCUGAAAAAAUACCCUUACCCUUCAGUUUCAGAUUUUCCCAUUUAAAUACAGAUGACAUUACUUCCCUAGAUCAUAGAGGGGGAAAGGGAGGAGGAGGUUAUGCUGAGGAUAACAACAGCAAAGAUUAAAAACUAUACUUGUGGGCCACUAGUGGAAAAAAAAAGAUAAAAAACAAACAAACAAACAAAAAAAUCUAACUAUCAUUUACUUAUACACUUGUUCCUCCUCUGUAGAAGAAUCCACACUGAGAUAUCAGGAGCUGUGCUAACAAGAAUAGCAGAAAUACUCAAAUGUCAUAAUAGGAAUAAACUUCCAGCAUCAGAACCAUCUCUGUGCAAACAUCCCAUGUGGAUGGUAUUUACCAGCUUUUCUUGGGGACAUUAAUUGGGUAAGUGAAAAAAGCACAAGAUUAGUUUUGUUUUUUCCAUAUCAGAACAUACAUUACGCAUAAGCAAAACUAGCAGAUCAAAAUGUCUUCUUCCAGAAAACCAGAGUCAUAAACAUGGUUUAAAAGUUAAAUCCUUUAGUUUUCUCAUUUGCAAGAGCUAUAAAACUAACUUCAACCCAAUAUUCCUACAAGGAUUUAAGUUGUCACGUAGCAAAACAGGGGAAGUCUCACAGAGAAAUGGACAUAUCUGAAGCUUUUCCUUCUGAUACCGGGACACAAAUAUUAAAUAUAGAGAAAAUCAAGUCCCAUAGUAAAUAUAAUGGUUGUUGCUUCUUCAUUACACUGGAAUUAUCAAUUCAGCAGGUCUAAUUCUCUCUUGUAGAUUAUUUACACGUACAUGUAGAUCAAAACCUUCAGCAGAAACACCCUGUAUUUACAAUGGCAUGAGAGCUGAUCCCCAUGGUCCCACAAACACUGAGUGAAGCCAGUUGUUCACCUUCCUUAUUAUUUUAUCUCUGAACCUGACCGAAACCACAGGGAUACUUUCAUUAGUUUUGCCUAUUUUUUUUAAUUAUAGAAGGAAAAAUAGCAGACUCAUCAAACAGAAGUCAAACAAACCUCACCUCAGUUUCUAGAAAACUCACUGUAUCAGGCAGAACCCAGGUUUAGGUCUGAGACUGCUUUUUCCAGACAGAAUCAUUUGUCGUAAAAAACUGUGUACUCAGUAUUAGACAUUUUAAAUGCACUUUCUUAUUAAACUCUCUCCGUGACCUGUUUGUAGUUUAAUGUGAAGCUACAGAUAUAAAACUGAGAGUGAAGUGCUUGCACAGAGAAAUACUGCCCAACCUUUUACAACAGCUUCCAAGGAACUCCAACACAACAGCAUUUUUUCCUAAACAUUAUUUUGUUUUCUGGAUAAUUUUUUCCAUUUUCUCUUCUGAUUCCUAAUAUUUGCUGAAUGAAGUUCUGCUGCACUAGUAGUCACACUGCAUCCUAAUUAAAUUAAGCAAUUUUUUAGAUGUUUGAAUUCAAUAGAAAAUCCCUACAUUUCCUUUCCAGAAAAGAAGAAAAGAAAAUUUUUCCUAAUAUUUGCAGCUGUGCCUUGAUGGGGAAGAUUGACUAUGACUGCUAACCCAUCUCUAAUAUUCAUAUAAAACACUACAAUAAAAUGUGUGGUAAGAUAAUUUUUGUAGCAUCCUCUUUUAGAUGUUCAAUGAGAUUUUCUUGAUUUUCUUUUGCUUAUAUACAAUCAUAGGUAGUGUAUUCUUUGGAAUUACAGUGCUGAAAGUCACAAUUUAUGAGAGUCUGGAGUAAGUAGGAUCUUAUCAAGUAACAUGAAAUGAUUGGGAGUUUGCUGAAGAAAAAAAUUUAGAUGGAGAAUUCAGGACUGAUUUUGAAAUUGCUCCAUUUCAUUGAUUGUUCUUUACCAACAACACACAGCUGCAUAAAAGCAAUUUUUUCCCAUAUUCAAUUUAAACGUUAACAAGUGAUUUCUCAGUGCUAUUAAUCUUAUUUUUUUCAUUUUGUAAAUAUGAUAGAAUUUCAAAAUCUAUACAAUUUUUCAUUCUUUUAAAACUAGUAUUUCUUCCCAUGCAAGUGCAGAAAACCACUUAUUUAGAAGGAAGAGCUCUCCAAUUAAAACUUGUAUCUUCAAUCACAAGGAUAAAGUGAAUAUCUGUGCUGUCUAAUCUUAUUCUGGAAAGAGAAUUGUAUAUGUACAUGCAUAAAAGUGGCUGGAAGGAAGCUGAGUUUAGAGGAAGUUCUCUUAAUGUCUCAUUUGAUGAGUACAGUUCAUAUGAAUUAGAUGACAUUAAUUUCCUUAUCUAACAGGAGCUAGAGUUACUUGUGAUUUCUGUAGCUGAUCAUUUGACUUCCAUUAAAAAAGGUUCAUGAUGUAAAAGAA